GGUUCAACUCUUCCGCGAACUACUGUAAUUGGCGCCAAGAGCUCAUUAAGCAUGACGACCGAGACCGCGCAGGAGCUGGAGAAGACGCUAACGGACCCUCGCUACGUGCGCGGCGUGUCGCUGCUGAAGGAGAAGCGUCUUGAGGAGGCGGUGGUGGCUUUUGGGGAUCUGCUACGCACUAUGUGCGAGGCGGAGGGCAAGAGCGACUCGUUAGCUGUUGCUCCAGUCUAUUAUGAGUACGGCCACGCUCUGUUGAGUCUUACGGAGGUUACAGCCAGUCUCUUCGGUGGUGCCGUGGAGGGAGCGGCAGCCAGCGGAAGCGGAGACGGCGAACAGGAUGCCAAGGAGGCAGCGGACGACCUUGAAGCCGCCUGGGAAGUCAUGGAGCUGGCACGCGUCAUCUACUCGCGCUACCCUGGGGAUCAGGCGGUUGAGACGCAGCUGGCUCGAGUGUAUACGAGACUCGGAGACUUGGGACUCGAGAGCGACCAGUUCGAACAGGCCAAGGCGGACUUUGAGAAGGCUCUACUACUGCGGAGGAAGCUGCUGAAGGCUACACAGGCUGAAGACACGACGCAGUUGGCGGAUCUGUACUGUCAACUGGCUAUUGCCUGUAUCUACAGAGACUCUACGGCUGAUAAGGACAAGGAAGUGGUGCCUAAUGAAGAACUCACGCAUUAUGUGAUGGCUGGACGCGUCAUGGCGGAGAAUAUUCAUCGUGUGGCCAAGAAAUGUGACGACAAACUGCAGAAAUUUGCGGAGAAGAUCCCAAAGUAUUCACUGGAAGAAGAAAUGGAGCCGACGGGUAAAGGCAAGAGGAAAGCGCCGUCAAGUGAGGAUUCCCCGCUGUCGCUGCAGUUUAAUGGAGAACACCCAGAGGCGAUGAAGGAGGACUUCUUCAAGUGCGUUGGAGUCAAGGAAGACGAGGAGGACAAGAUGAAAAAGGACGAGAAGACGCUGCUGGAGUACAUGGAGAUAUACUUGGAGCUCAAGGAGAAGGUGGACGGCAUUAAGGAGACCAUUGCUGGAGCUGUAGCCAAGGAUUCCAAGGAGGAGGCUGUGACCACCAUUGGAUUCGGACAGACCUCUUCUGCCCCUGCAGUUAACGUGAUCCCAGUGAAGAAGCGGAAAACGGAGACAUCAGAGAAGACGGAGAAGGCAGAGGCUGCUGACAAGUGAAAAUCACGUCUAAGAUCGCAGCAAUACAUCAAGACGAAACGAGCAAUGUUUGUACUUUUUGUUUGAGGUAUAAGAGCUCCCUGAUCCAUUCUGUUGUGUCUUGGCUCUUGUUGUUUCUAGUCAAGUUGUUUAAGCGCUGAGAUACGAGUCGCGAACGAGCUGGAAGAUCUUGGUGGCGUCCACAUCAGCCGAGGCGCUGACGCUGAAAACCUCGAGCUGCAGUUCGUCAAGCGCACCCUCAAGCGGCACACGGUAUCGGUGACCCACCGCCUGCAUCUGAGCCAGUGCACUGCGGAACCAGUUAUCGCGCGGGUCCGAGCCUUCCGAGUCGCAUUCGGCCUUGUGUUCGGUAAUAACGCGGUUGAAUCCACGGAACAACAGCACGAGCAGUUGUCGCAGUUCGUCCUGCAGACGCUUACGGCUAUCCUCAAGUGCUGCAACGUCCGGCAUCUCCUCGUUGUCGCGGUCGUCCGAUGAUCUGGGCGUGGAAGCCUGCUCCAACUGCUUCGUCUUGGCUCCAAUAGCGUCCUGUACGAACUUGAGCGUGUCGUUCAGGAUCUCCCACACAUACGGCCAACUGUACUGCUGCACAGCAUCGGCGGUGAACACCCACGUCACAAUAGUCAACGGGCGGAGUAGACCUUGACGCAGCAUCGAGUUGAGAAUGAGACCGAUGUGUUGCGGCGACUUGAGCCAGACCGAAGCCACAGUCUUGACCACCACAAGUUCGUCAGCUUCCGUCUCCUCGGCCGACUGGUCUUCACCACCGAACAGCUCGUUGCGCUUGCCAUACUUCUCCAAUAGUAGACGCAUGUGCGUGAACGUGGCCACGCCAGCCUCCAAGAUACACGUCCACACAACUUCCACAGCUUCAGCACGCGAGAUCUCGAGACGAGGCAGUUCUUCGUUCAGCCACGAGCGCAACGCAGAUGCAGGCGGAUGGCCCUUCAGCUUCGUCGUCACGGAUUGAUAGAAGUCUGACGCUGGACUGGCUGAGUCAGGAGCGCUAGCUGUGUCUUCUUCUUUGACAACCUGGAAGCGGAUACGAGGCUUGGGAGCAGGAGGCAGCAGCACGUGGAACUCAGCAGGCAGUACACUCUGCAUGUGCUGCAAAUACGAGAGGCGCACGCAGCGUUCGAUAACAGCGCUGACAAACAGACGCUGCGGGUCGUCCUCACUGGCUUCCAGUACAUACGCCCAGGCCGCCCAACGCCAUUUAAACUCGAAGUUGGACAGGAAAUGGCUCAAGAGCAGCACGAACGAAUCCACAGCAGCUGCUCGCAUUGUCGGCACUUCCCGGAACAGCAGCUCCACUACAACGGCCAGUGCAGGCGACACAACACGAGCGUCGGUCUUCACGAGAUGAUACAGCACCGAGCAGUAGUAAGCCAACUUGGCAUUGGCACUCUCGCCCAGAGCAGCAACCAACAGCGUCUCCACCAGCAAAUACUCGCUCUUGACGGGAGUCGCUCCUUCUGCUUGAGUCGAAGCGAACCGAUCGUUAUAUGCACGACACAGACCCAGCAGCAGCUUGGCAGCAAUAGCAGGCUUCGGGUGCGACGUCUCCAGUGCAUCAAUGAAAUGGCUGCGAGUGAUGAGGUACGAGGCCAACGGCAACGUCGCAAUCGCCGCACCAGCAGCACCAGAUUCAUCCGACAGUAUACGGAACCACGUUGUAUACGUCGGGAUCUUGGUAGCGUCCAGCUGUGGAGGAUAACAAGACUGUUAGUGAAACGUAAAACUCGCCAACACAGCACUGUGUUACAUGCAUACCUUUGUCAGGUCGAUGGACAGUGACGCAGCCAGUGUAUGAGUCUCCGAGCUCUCAAACUCUGAAGCGAAGACGCCCUGUGGAUGGUUAAUACCUGGCAACUUCCACUUGUCGUCUCCUUCUCCGUUCCGAAUGGCAUUCAACGCGUCCCAGGCCAGCGACAGCGCGUCGCUUGACGCACAUAAUGCUGGUAACUCAUCAUCACUCUCCGGUCCCCAGAGCAGAUCGAGCUGCAAGCGUCUCGUCCUCCACGACGACGGACCGGCACUGGAUCCACGCGGAUUGUUCUCCUCUUCACGAUGCGAGACGUACUCUCUGCAUCGACUCAAUAAACUGUCAAAUAAAUUUUCCGAGGCAGCAGCCAGCGCCUUGCCACUGUGCAGCAGUGUAUCCAGCACCACAGACGCGAAGAAAUCCUUCCACGCUGCAGCGUCCUCCCUCUCUCUCAACGAGGCGUGAGUCUCA